UUUGAGAAGGAGCAAUGAAGUAAAAUUGAGGAAGCGAAGUAGCAGCCAGCAACCAGAGGAGCUUUUAACUAUUGUAGGUAAUAGCUACGUAAAAAAUGGUUUGCAUUGAAGGAAAGUGUGACCUUCGCAGUUAGUUCUUGGGAUAUUAUGAGUGGAGACAAUAAAUAUAAUGAAAAUUCCUGAAAAAAGUGAUUUGAAUUGUAGUGAAUUUUUGUUUUACAAUCAUUACUUCGCCAAAGCAGACAUGAGAUAAAUAACGUGAAGAAGCUAAUUUGUGAACGACAUGUAUGUGAUUGGUGUAGCAUAAUAAGAAUGUAAGUGUAAAGAGAACAAAGAAGGAACGUGUGCAAUUAGUGUAUGUGUGUGUGAAUAAAGGAGAAGCACGCGAAGACAAAUAAAGUCGGUGGGAAGUGAACAGCUCUCAACACGACAUUGUGCAAAUCUUUUUUUAAGGCUUAUGUUCAUUAGGAAUAGAGCAGAGUUGAUAUUGUGUAUGGUGGAUUUUUUGUGUGACAUUGUCAAAAUAAAAAAGUGGCAAAGUAGCAAUUUAUGGAGAUUUGUUAUAUCUAACUACAUCAUGUGAAUAUUCCAAGUAUAAUGUUUCUUCGAUUGUAUACGGAGAUCGAAAAAUGGAUCUCCUACUCGAAUUUCGUGUUUGCUAGUUUAGUGGUCGUUCCUUUGAACUGCUCCAUUAAUUUGGAGCAUUGGAGCAGCUAGGAGACAUACACAGCAUCCACCCAAUUACACACUCGAGGUUUAAUAUUAAAGAUAAAUUAAACCAUUGUUUAAAAAUUAUUUAAAACGUUAAAACGCCUUUAUGAACAAAAUUGGAAUAGAUACACGACCGAAUCGAUCGAAAAAAAAACACAUACAUGAUAUCUUAUGGUUUUAAAGAACAUAUAAAACGUAACGAAGAAAUAAGUAUUUAUGUCCAAACAAGGUGGCCAGCAAUACAACUUUAUCAAUGCCCCAAAAGCACAUUAUCCAGCAAAAGAGCUAUAUCCGAAGAUACAACAUCAACAAAAUCUUGUAUACCUUUCGAAAUCUCCAAAAAGUUACAGAAUACUGACAUUUGAAAAGUUAUUUAACAAAAAAAUUUCUCCUGCGAAAGUGACGGUAACGGAGAAGUUGAGGGAGUCCGAAAGGAUUUGUGGUGCCGCAGCAAGUGGCAUCAAUAUUAAUAAGUUUAAGCAUAAGAUGGCAAAUACGCUUUCCGUCAUGACGAACGUUUUGCGGAAUGUUGUCAGCAAGCAGCGUAUACGCUACAAGGGCAAUGGAUAUAAUUUAGAUUUGACUUAUAUAUACGAUAAUAUAAUUGCUAUGGGUUACCCGGCGGACAAUAUAGAGAGUAUAUUUCGAAAUCGUUUGGAAGAUGUUUACAAAUUUCUCCAGGAAGUUCAUCAGAAUCAUUAUAAAAUUUACAAUCUAUGCCUUGAGCGUAGCUAUGAUAGCAAUAAAUUUCAUGGAAGAGUUGCUGUUUAUCCUUUUGAAGACCAUAACCCACCAACAAUAGAACUGAUACAAAAAUUUUGUAUGGACGUGGAUGCAUGGCUGAAAGCAGAUAAGAAAAAUGUGGCCGCCGUACACUGUAAAGCUGGAAAAGGCAGAACUGGUACAAUGAUUUGUUGUUAUAUGCUGUAUAGUGGACGGCAGAAAACUGCCGAAGAUGCUUUAGAAUGUUAUGCUGAGAAACGCACAAAGGAUCUCAAAGGUGUUACUAUUCCAUCGCAAAGGCGUUAUGUUCAGUAUUUUGCAAAGUUAAUACAAUCUGGUGUACCAUAUGAAAGGAGAAUUCUGCAAUUUUGUGAAAUUCGUUUUACUGAGGCUAACUUGUUGCACAGUUAUGGCACAGUGCAUUGCUCAAUUUCCGUGCUGGAAGACGAUGGAUGUUCUGUAAAAGUGAAGCAUCUGCUGGGGUUGCCCAUAGAUUUUCGAAAAAGUCAUACUUUGGAUCUUAAAAAUCUGUGUGUAGCCGGUGACAUAAAAGUAGAGCUGACACAUAAAAAGAAAUUGUUCCAUUUCUGGUUUAAUACAUAUUUUGUACGCGAUGACGCGGUCGUUGAAGGGGAAGGUGAGGACGCGAAACUUGUAUAUACACUUAACAAAUGCGAAAUCGAUGAUGCACAUAAAGACAAAGAGCACAAAUGCUUUUCGGAAGGCUUUAAGGUGCAACUUGUUUUCUAUGCAGAAACUUCUAUGCGACCUGGUUUGCAAGCGAACGUUAGUAGCAUAACGAGCCAGGUUGUCGGUAAUCAAAGAAUGUCUCAAAACGCGCGUCUCUCUCAUCAAAGCAGUGGUGGCGGUGGCGAAAGCAGCAGUAGCAGCAAUUGUCAAUUGCCACAGAAUAGCAGCAGUGGUAGUGAUCUAAAUUAUAUUUGUGAUCAAAAGUCCUCCUCAUCGGCAUCGGCGUCGGUUAGUAGUUUGGGCGGCCCAAUAGUAGGUGGUGGCGGCGGCGGUAGUGGCAGCGGAAGUGGCAGCAUUGGUGAGCUCAGUAUCGGUGAUACAACAAAUGCAGACUUUUCUCGCAUGGACGCCACACUUGCUGGUGCACAAUUUAUCCACCAACAGCAACAGUUACAACACCAACAAAAGCAACAAAUUUGCCAUAGGCAGAAAUACAAUGCUGCGAAGCACAUAAACAGUGAUAGUGAAGUGUUCGAUUGCGAUACAGUUAUGUUGCCACUGGGGCGAACACAUGCUGCGUCCACAAAUACAUAUUCGUUACUCCCACAAAAACAGCAACAACAACAACCACAAGAAAAACGGAUUUCUGUUAAUAAUAGACAGCUUUACACGGCGGCGAAGAACGUUAGUGAUGACUGUGAUAAUUACAGUGAUGUUGAUUCACGUAUUUCGUCAUAUGAGCGAAUAAAUGCUGCACCACCUACAACAGCGUAUGCGUUACUCCCACAACUUCAUGCGGAUCGGAUUUCUGUUAACUAUAGACAGCAAUACAUGCCGGCAAAUAACAUAAGUGGUGACUGUGAUGUGUACGAUUGUGAUUUAAGCGUUACGCCAUUUGCGAGAAAAAGCACUGCACCUACAGCUGCUUAUGCGUUACCCCCACAGCAACCAGAUGCGCAAUCACAACAUACAUAUGUGAAUUUGGAACAUAUUAUGGCAGCAACAGCGGAUAAACAACAAUAUCAGCAGCAUCAGCCGCAUCAACAACAGUUAAUGAAAACAUUAUUCGCAACAACACCAAAUCAUGUAGUAGCUACUUCGACAGUAGUGACCGCUGCAGGGACCAACAUAUUGAAAUUCGGCGUACCGACAACAGCAACGGGCUUAAUGUGCGGUAACAAUAUUUUAUAUCACCCAGCAAUAAUGCAGGGUUGCAGCAACACCAAUCAUUGCGGCAACAAUGUCAAGCGGUUGGAUGACGAUACUAGAACAACAAUGCAGACAAAUGGUACGACUGGGUGCAGUGAGGUUAACGGUUGUAUUAGCGCCAACAGCAGUAAAAGCAGCAUUAGUAGUCACACAUCAUCUUCUGAAUCGACAACAUCGUGCUCAUCGUCCGCGCCAACGUCUGGUGGUGAUAAAGAUUGCGAAGAAGAAGACUGGGAGUCCGGUGAGUGCCAUUCAAAAAUGCCACACACAGUUGUCCCCCAAACAUUACAGUUAUCUACACUAUUAGCUCCUUCCAAGCCUUCUACGGCUAACAGUACUACUACUUUCAGUAAUACCACCUCUACCUUUCCCAAUAUUACAACUACUACCAUUACACACACAUCUUUACCUUCUACUGCUACUAUUACUACUCACACCAAACAGAUUUCCACUUCCAUUUCUCAACAACCUUCUACAUUUUAUAUGAAUAUAAACAUUAAUAGUGGUAGUUAUAAUUGUAGUUAUUGUGGUUGUGAUGAUGAUGAAAACAAUCCCAAUUUAAAAUAUGAAUGUGCACAUAUUCAAGAAAAUGAUGAAAAGUUGCAAAAAAUCAUUAGCGAACGACGAUCAAGUUGUACAGCAGUCAAAGUGAAUGGCGGCUCAGAAACUGUGUUUAGGUCAAAUGAAAAUGAAAAUAAUCAAUUCAAUACUGAUGUAAGGAUUAAUACUGCAGCAAGUGCUGAAGUUGCCGCUAAUUUGCCACCUAACACCACGAGUCCAAUUAGUGCGACGCGUAAAUCGCAUAUGUUUAUGGCUUCUAAGAAACAUGAAGCCACUGUUGGCAUUAGCAAACACAGCCAUAUGAGCAAUGUCAGCAAUGUGGUUAGUUCAUGGACACAUAAGCCUCUAUUUCAACAAAAACUUAAUGCUAAAAAAUGUAGUGAACUGAACUCAGCAGCCAUAGCAGUUAAAAAGUCCAAUGCUUAUGGCACUUCAGCUGGGCCAGUUAGCGCGGAUGCUGCUAUGCUGGCUUUGAGUUGCUCACCAGCGAGCGGUUGCAGUGGCUUGGCCAGCACGUCGCGGCGCAAAUUAAAAAAUAAAUUGAAAAAUAAUACGAAAAAAUUGUCGCAUUGGCUACAGAAUCAUUUUCGAGCAAAUCCUGUAGAAUUUUGCGAGAAUUUCGUGCAACACACGACCGCUAUGAGACGCAAUAGUAACUGUAGUGUGGGUAGUCGUAGUCGCAAAUUGUCAAUGUCAUCAACGACGGUGUCGAUAACACCGGGUUCGUCUUUGCCCAAGCGACAAAUAUUAGUGCCACCAAAAUUAAUAAGUGAAAACUGUGCGGUUAACAGUGAAGCAGCGAGUCAAGGCACUUAUGAUAUUUACGGUGAGUUGGAGAACGGCCUGAAAGACGAAUGUCUGGCGACAGAUGCCACUAACGUUAAUUUAAACAUAAUUAGUGUUAAUGGUGUUGUCGGUGAUGGUCGUACGAAAAUGUCGCUAUCCGAGUCCACAACUACAUCAAAUGUCAGCUUGUCGACGGUCGGCGGCAGCACCGAACGCAGUGUACAUGGCGGUAGUGGUAGUAGUGAUACUUUUGAGGAUUUUUACUCAUCAAAUUGUGAUAAUCAGCUUAGCUUUAACAACUCGCCAUGUAAAAGUCCACGUUCGCUAGUCGAUAUAGCGGGUCCCAGCGCCUAUAGCGCAACGCAUGAUCUCUAUGCAACCAGCUUGAAUGAGAGAAAUGUACAUUUGCAAAUGAAGCGUGAACAACACAUGCAGCGACAUCUAAAUGCACAAACGUUAGGACAGCCUCAACAUAAUAGCCAUCAGCUGCAUCACCUCAAUGUCGUUGUAGUUGCAGCCAAACCAGCUAAAACACAUGCAAUUGGCUUUAAUGUUACGAAAGACGGUACGCAAAACUACGAUACAUUUGCGCAUGUGGACAAUGUUAUAAGCGUUCAAAACGCUAAUCAAAUUCAAGAUGUAGGUUCUGAAACCCCAGAUAAUCAGUUGAAUGAUAGUGAUCUGACAAUUGGCGCAAAUGUCACCAUUAUAACAACAGAGGUAGAUGAAAAACAGGAUAGUGCCAUCGUUGGUCAUGCUGAUAGUCAUGGCGGUGAGCUGUUAGCACAGACAUUUGAUUCGUUUGAUGAAAACGAUGAGUAUAUUGAAGAUGGCGCUACAACGGGUUCGAGCGUAUAUUUCACGCCAGUGGCGACGUCUGAUAUUGGUGCCGAUGUUAUAGAUGGUUCGAAAGCGAAACACUAUCCAUUCUUAUUUCCAAAUAUGCAAAAUGAGCUGAAUAAAAUAUCCAUGCAAAUUGCAUGCAAUAAUAGCGAGUUGGGCAAUGAACUAUCGAGUAAGAAUGAGCAAAGCUCUAAAGCGCCUACGCCAGUGAUAACUGUUGAAGGACACCAGUCAAAUUGUGUUGCAGAUGAAAGUUGCACUUUAGUCUCUACAGCAUCUUCCGCUGAUAACACAUCUAGUUCUUAACACUCUUAACACUAAUGGCGCAGAGCAAAUGUGAUUUCAUGUUUUGUUUUUUCGAGCGUAUUUUUGAAAACAAUUAACAAAGGUAUAUAAAUUGGGCUUUGCAAAUUAACAGUACAGUGGAAAAUUGUUUUUAACAUCGCUAGAAAAUAGUGUUUGUUUACCAUUGUAGGGGUUUUAUAUCUAUCAUCUGCUGUCGAGUAAUUUGAAUCCACAAUGGUUUACCAUUUUGCUUGUUGGUUUUCAUUUCUACUGUGCUGUGAUUGUUUUCACGUUUCUUGCACAUCGUUAACCAGUGCUAUACUAUGAAUUGCAAUGGAAAAAAUUCUGUUUGAACACGUAACAGCCGCAAUCGCUAUUUCGGUGUUUUCCACCACAAUUUAUUUUUUAAUAUUCUUACAUACAUAUAUUAGUAUAUACAUAUAUAUGUAUGUAUACGGUAUAUAUAUACAUAUAAAUAUCAAGAUCUCAUACGACUUCUCGUAUAAAUAACAAAUGUACAGAACGGAUUAAUAUUCGCUGGUGUUCUAUUUUUUAAUAUUAAAAUUAGUUAAGUAAUUACAUACAUAUGAAUGUAGUUUUGUUUAGGUUGCCAAAUAAGGCAGCAACGUACAUAUAUUUAAUCAACAAUACCAGUACUAAAUCCUUACCACUACCAAUGCCCGUCAAGCAAUGUGUCGAACUAUGUGAAACGAUUUCUUAACAAUUCUUGUUCUUAAUAAUAUAUUUAAAAAAUAUCCGCUUCAAAUAUACUUCAAAUAAUAUAUACACAUACUUACAUACAUAUACUGGAUUAUGUGCAACUAAAUAACAGUUUAUCGUUAACACAAACUCUAUCUACUCACAUACAAAAUACAUACUUGAAUAUAUCAAAAAAAAAAACAAAUAUUAUAAAAUAAUUAUAUACGUACAUAAACCAAACUUAACAAUAAUUUUAAAAUAUUCAAUAUUCGACAGUUUGAAACAAAUAAUUUUAAUUUUUAGUUUUAUAAAUACAUUUGUGCUUAAAAGGAAACAGCUAAAAAAAAGCACAUGAUCAGACAUUGUGUUUAGCACAUUGUUGCACUUCUACUAAAUAUUCCUUGAUUGAUAUACAUAUGUAUCAGCAACUUAAUGUUACGCAUACUGCAAAUCUGCUGAGUUCGUAUAUGUUGCAAGUGUACAUUGUCUUAGAGGGGCGCGCUUUUUCAAGUUUUACCCAAAGCGCUCUUCAUUCGUUUUUCAUAAAUUAAGUGUAGAUCAAAAGCAUAAUUAAGCACAGUAAUAAAACAAAACUUAGCAUACAGUGUGUACUCCCAGUAAUCGUAUUAGUAAUUAAAAGUCGCGCAGCGUCAAUACCAGUUGUGCAACCUGCCGAGCCGCAACAAGUACAGCUCAACUGCACAAUCCUUUAAGGACGUGUAUAUUUGUAUGUUCGUAGGUAAAACAGCAGCAACUUGAUCGUUCGUUCGUUGGUUGGUGAACUCUCGUUAGUUGUUACGUUCGCACACCGCCGAAAUUUUCCGUUUAUAAUUUUUAAACAGAAAUCUAAUUAAUAGUCGUAAAAUUUUAUUCCCAUUACUCAAAUUUAAUAUGUGUGUGUACAUUAUGUUGUGAACCGUAUAGCAAAUAAUAAUCAGUAAAAAAAAACAUGAAACAAAAUAUGCGAAAAUGCGGUUUAUAAAACGUAUGUAUGACGCGCUGCGAUUUAUUUAAACUGCAUACAAUAAUAUUUAAAACCGAAAAUAGCAAAUAAAAAACAAUAAUACACAUGGUCUGUAGGUGCUCAGGGUGAAUUUGUGUUAAACAUUAACUAAAUUUUGCGGUCGUUAUAAUACAGCAGUAUUUGCUAUUCAGUUGUGUUAAAGAUUUUUUUAUUAUUAAAAGAUUAUCGAAAAAUUUCAAGGCAAUAUAUACAUAUUUAUAUACCAAAAUAUUUGCUACCAGUGUCAUACAUAAAAGUUGAAACUUCCAUAUUAUUAUAAUAAUUGUUUUAUAUAAAAAAAUUCGUGUAAAAAUGUAUCAUUGUAAUGUGAUUUACCAUUUUAGAUCUUUUAAAUUCAUUUUUAAACAUUUUCGUAAGUAAAGAAAAAAGUUCAUUUAAAAUGGUGUUGUAAGCAAACAAAAUAUUAAAAUUCACGUCAGUUUGUUUAAUAUGUUUUUAAUUUCAUAUAACUUAUAUAUUCAACUGAGUACUUACACGCACCAUAUGUUCUAUGGCUUAAGCAUACAAAUAAUACGUUAAAUACUAUAUUACAUAUAGUUCAGUUGAGAAAUGUUGUAUGUCAGACACUUAAAGAUUUAUAAGUUUUGUAUUUUCAUAUAUACAAAUUUAUAAAUAUGAAAGCAAUUACCACUAAAAGUUUAACCAUAAAUGAAAUAUAACAAACACACACACACAUCCACGUCUGAAAACGUCUGUACACAAACACAUGCACGCAAUAAGUAACAUAUUUUAUGAAUAAAGAAAGUAAACAUAAAAUAAAGUAUGAUUAAAUGUACGUAAAUAUAUAUAUAUAUAAUUUUUUUCUUUUGAAUUAAUGUAAUGUAAUUACUUACGAUUCGAUUUUUAAGUGUAAAAAUAUUAAUUUUUGUAUAUUACGAUUUAUAAUGUAUUGAUUUUAAUUUUGUUAUUUGCUAGCUAUAAAGAUUUUUUAAAUAAUUUUAUUUAAUUUGAUAAUGAUUUGUAAUUUAAAGCAAAAAUUAUUCACAUGUGAAAAGUGAAAAUCGAAGCAAAAAUGCAAGCAAAACAUUUGUUGAAUAAAAGUGUAACGCAUUCGUAGUAUAGGCGCAGGAAGCACGAAAUACGUUUUGUAAAGUUUAGAAGUUGAGAAAUUGGCUUUUUUAAUAUAUAUUUAAAUAUAUAUCUGGUUUUAAUUCAUAUUAAAUUUAAUUGUAAAUAAGUUUGCUAUAUAUUACAAAUUAUAUUUAUUUUAAUUUUAAUUCGCUAUUUUAUACAAAAAAAAAAAACAAAUGCUUGUAUAAUGUUUUGCUUAAUUUUAUUAGCUAUUGUUUUGCUUAUUUUUCGAAAAUUCUAUUCAAUAACAACAAACGCACAAUUAGUAUAGGUCUAGUUUAUGUCUACGUUAAAUGUCAAGUUCUCAAGUGAAAGUAAUUGAAUUACUUGUAUAUUUUGUUAAUGAUAAAAUGAUGAAAAACAAUUGGAAAAUUGAAAAAUAUUUGAGUUAUAUUAAAAUAUAAACAACAAACAUGUGUACAUACACGUAUGAAAACCAUAAGUAUAAGGCAUAUGAUCUGUUAUUAUUAUUAUUUUUUUUUUAAUUUUUGUUUCUAUGAAAUUUUUAUUUUUUCUGCGUAAAAAAUAAAGAAUUACAAAUUUUUAUUUAAGUGAAAAAGAACGAAAUGCAUACUACUACUGUGUAAAACUAAUAA